GAGAAACUCUCAAGUGAAGUACCUUCACCUGAAUUGUACUUAACUUCAUUCGUACGGUUUUCUUUUUCCUGUUAUUAUUCAUGUCAUGAACCCUACGGGCUUUAGGACCUGGAAUCUACCGGCCGCUGUGCACGUGCCAGUCCUGGAUGGGGACGCGCACGUCACGACACUCUCAGUCAGAUGUAGGGGAGCAGGGCAGACCACGCAUAAUAAACAACCAGGGACAGGGUUAAAUAGACCCUGGCCUGCCACCUGGUGUGGAGGGCUGAAACCCAGUGAGGAGGCCCUGCUGGGUGGGAGGGAACAUGAUGAGUGGGAAGAGCCUACUGCUGAAGGUGAUCCUGCUGGGGGACGGUGGUGUCGGCAAGUCCUCCCUAAUGAACCGCUAUGUCACUGACCGCUUCGACUCCCAGUCCUUUCACACCAUCGGCGUGGAGUUCCUCAACCGGGACCUGGAGGUGGACGGGCGCCUGGUUACUCUUCAGAUCUGGGACACAGCGGGCCAGGAGCGCUUCAAGUCCCUGCGCACGCCCUUCUACCGAGGGGCCGACUGCUGCCUGCUCACGUUUGCCGUGAACGACCUGCAGAGCUUCCAGAACCUCGGCUGCUGGAAGAAGGAGUUCAUGUUCUACUCAGAUGUUAAAGACCCUGAGCGGUUCCCUUUUGUGGUACUAGGAAACAAGGUUGACAUGGAGCAGAGGGAGGUGGGGGAGGGCGAAGCACGGGCCUGGUGCGAGGAGAAUGGCUGCUGCCCUUACUUUGAGACCAGCGCUAAGGAUGACACUAAUGUCACGGCUGCGUUCGAGGCAGCUGUCAGGGAGGUUCUGGCUGCCGAGGACCAGAUUGACCAUGCACUACUGAGUAGUACUAUCGAUCUCCAUGGCAACCGCAAAACCUCACGUGGGUCUUGCUGCUGAUUGGUAAGGUGUGAAUCCACCUUGUCUUAAUCUCUCUGGCCGAAACUUGCCCAUGGCAGUUAUGAGAGCUGGUCAGAUGUUAUUUAUGGUACACAACUGUAGGUACAAGGUACUGAGAUCAGUACCCCCCUGAAGAUAAUGUGGAUAAGAUACAGCUGCUCUGAGGAGGGCUGUGUCAAGGAUUCAGCUGGUAUCUAGAUUGUUGAAUUAUUGCUCAAGGUACAGGAACACUGUAACAGGCACACUCAUCCUUUGUACUCUGUCUGCUUUCAGUGGUGUUGCACAAAAACAUUGUUAACCAGCUUCAGCUUUGUCUGCCUAUGCCAGAGUUGUAUCAACUAGUGCUUUCACAGAGUUUAAUUGAAAUAAUUCAAGUUUUAGUUAAUACAGUGGACGAGAGAAUCUUCUCUUCAAGAGCACACUCAGCCUUUGGCACAGCAACACACAGUUGGUCUUGCACCUGCUUUACAGUCCAUCAACAAGCUGAUUUAUCACAGGUUUUAGAGGGAAUUUGAAAACAUCAUCUCAUGUUUGUUAUUAUCAGAUCGUUCAGCAGAACUGGAGAGCUCAUGUAUUUCCUGGCCAAAGAUGAUAUGAGUGACAGUGUUCCUUAUCUAGGUAGAUAAUGUUCUUGGGAACUCACAACUCUGUUUUGAUGACUUAUAGUAGAAUAAUGUGGAACGAGGAAGUGAAGUGAUUGCUGCUCUCAAAAGGAAGAUGACCUUGUUUGUCUUGUAAGGGAAUUGAGAGCUUCAGUUUUGCAGCUCUGACUGUAAGCGUUUGGUACGAGCUAUUGUGGUGCUUUUAUUCAUUUGACUAUUAAUUCUUUUUCCACUGCACUGCUAUGUAGCCGGAGGUGUCAGGUGUACGAGUCAGGUAUUAUUCGAUCAUUUUUUAUUUCCCCUGAUUUGUGUACAUGGGCCUGUUUACUAAGUGCGGUUCAGUGUUGUUUCAAAGUUCAAAGAUAAUGCUGCUUUUGCUACUGUUGAUAGACUGCUGUUUAUUUUUCUGUGAAGCAAAUGUCCAUCUCCCGUUCUAUUUUUAAAAGAGUAUGUGAUAUUAUACAUAAGUCUCCUGUGUUUGAGCAAGGGCUGAUUAAAGUCGGUUUUCCUGAUGUAUUAGUGGAGGUUUACGAUUUAUAAGAAUUAACAUUAAUUUCAUAAUCAUGGCAUGUUUUUAAUCCUUGUGUCUGCCUUGUUGAAUGGGUGGCAGGCCUUUACAUUCCAGUCCUUCAGCUUCGUCUCUUGUGGAGGUCUCCUGUGCUUUACUGAUACAUUUCAUACUCCUUGCGCUGUCAGUCUGGUCAGUCUAGGUCUCAGCCGAAUAUGAAAUAGUCUGAGCAGAAGGAUAAAGCUAUUCAGAGCAGUAACAUGUACAUUGUGCUGCACCCCAUUCAUACAGUAUUGAGUGAAACCUACAGCUGAGUAUUCUGAUAACGUAAUGAUGUUUACUUGUUUUCAGAUGGAUGUUACUUUACUUUUAUUUCAGUGUUAACAGAGAUUUACUAACAUCUCAAUUAGUCCUUUUGGUUUUCCUGCUGUUGCUGUUCACCUGCGAUUUUUGAGUAAAUAAUAUGCCUGGCAUUCAACGCGUCGAACUGAGUUCAACAUGCUCUAAAUUCAGUCUUACCAGUAUUUUGAUUGCUGCUGGAAUAUCAUUUUAUAUUUGCAUGUCUUCUUAAACAAACCCCGUAACCCUAACCCCAUAAAUAAGCGUUUUCAUCUCCUCAAUGCACAAAGUCUGAGUUCUCAUCCCUCUCUUCUGUUAUGUUGAUCUUCUUGUAUGUUCUCUCAGCCAGCCAGUGAUUACAUUAUUUGCCUUUCGAGUCAUAAACAUUGCAUCAUAUUUCAGUAUGUGUGCAGACUAAUGGUGAACUGUGAAAGUAAACCGGAUCCAAUCAGGUACAGUUACAUUUACUUAUUGCACGGAUCUUUGGUUUGAUGUAGGCUUAUAACAAAUAGCUUGUUCAUAUGAAGAAAAGUUUAUAAACGGUGAGAGAAGUAUUAUUAACUGUGAACUGAGUGGGGCAUUUUAACUAAAUCAAGCCAGUAGCCUACAUCAAGUCAAAGCAAAAAUGAGGGCUGUCAUCACGUGUCAGUGUUAAUAUUUUCUGCUUUAAACAGACUAUUUUGUCUCUUUACUGUACCUUUUCAGUUUUUAACCCACUCAGAUUAUGUAGCCUACGACAGGGUUUUACCUGGAAAUUGGUGGGUACUUACACGCUGGUAGCAUAACCCUACAGUGCAGUAUGUCGUUCUCAUGAUGCUGUCUCAUGUCAAUGCAGUCUAAUGUCAGUAUGUUUUUUUUUUAUGUUGCUGUAAUAUUUAUGAAUGUAAGAACAAAUUUCUUUGGGCUGUCCAUAUUAAUGGCUUAUGUAAAUUGCAAAGGGCAUUCAUUUUAUAACAAUGUACUAAAUGACACUGAACGUCUGUUUCACCCUCAGUGCUCGACCCAUGAGUGUGAUUAAAGCUGUGUGUAAGUCAGACUGUUCAUCUAAAUUAUGCGUUGAUCUAAUGGACAUCUUCCCUUAUUCCUCUUUUUGCACUAUGGAGGAUAAGACUGAGUGUGCCAACAUGCUGGCAAAGUGGUGUGUGUGCGCUCCAGUGCUUGGCUACAAAUAAAACAUGCAACAUACCAAAUGGA